UAUUUUCUCAUUCAAAUCCGUGUUUCCAUUCUUUGUUCAUUGUUGUUCAAGCCUUUUGCUCGGUUGUCUCUGUUCUGUUGGUAUGUGUACACCAUUUCAUGCUGGUACUUAUCAAUUGUUCCUGCUGUCCGCAGUCUGGGUGAUAACUGGGAGCUAUCCUAGUUGGGGGGACCCAGACUACUAGCUCUAUACAAUAGUGCGCGAGUCUAUAUUAUCCUUAAUCAUCCCAACUUGGUCAAGUAUGCUAAAUGCGGACAGCCCAGACAAUUCCAUGACGGUAUCUAAAAUUCGGUAAGAUAUUUUUAAUUCUCUGUGCAUGACAAAUCUCAAAAUUGAUACAAGAUAGUGUUCUCCGAGCAUUGUAAGGCUAGUGUAACAUUUCAAACGUACAGUAUAUUGUCAAUGAAUGGAAUGGUAGCGCGGAAUGAUGUCUUGAGAUACUUCUUUCUUCAAUGGCUUUGACUUCAAAACAUGUAUAUGUUACUUAAGUGGAUUUUCCUUGCACCUGUACAGUAUGUGCAUCCGGAGGCGUUCGUAUUUUUUAUAAACGUUUACAAGGUUGUUCUAUAUCAUUGCUUGUCUUUUAUUUAAAAGUGAGUCAUGAAUGGACACCCAUUGAUGAGCGCAGUGAUCAGCACUCUUCUUAGUCAUCAAUUCUUACUGUUUCGUGCAUGAUUGAUAAAUCUUGAAUUUCUGAUCUCAAACUGUUGCCAGGAACUUUUGUUGGGUUUUAGUACGUGCGUCACUUAAAAGUUUUCAGCGGUGUGGAAGUAUAUAUUGUUGGUCAGAUAGUGUGUGUUGAGUGAAUUCUGUGGAUGAUAUGGCACAGAAGUACACAUUGCGAAGAGCGGACGACGAGCAGACAUCGGGCCUGCAAAUAAUGGGUUGCAAUGUCUCUAAGAAUCAAGCUGUGGAUCUUAAUGAUAAUACGAAAUACUCAAGAUCAGAAAAUUCGGUGGAUCUUCUUGACUUGGAGAAUUUGUCCCUCCGUGAACGGGGUGGGGCACAGUCGAGCUUUCCGGUAAAUGCUGUUGCUGCGGGGUGUUUGAAGACUAGGACAGUGUUCGCAGCCACGAUUAUCGAAUGCAAGAAUGUGUUUGGUCACAUUCUGCCUGACACGAUUGCUGAUAGAUUCAUGCACUUUGGACAGGUCCUUGAGGUGGAAUGUGAUGAGCUUUACAAACCUACUAAGCCUUACUCGAAUGAUCCUUACUUGAACGUGGACGAGGCGGUUUCUGAGCAGGAAUUACUCAAGUAUUGCUCAGGCCAGCUUCUUAGAAACGUUUACGUGCGAUUUGCCUCGGUUGGAGCUGCAGUCUCUGCGGUCGACACAUUGGCUCGCAUUGGAUGCCAUACACGUCGCCUUCUAGAUCCCCGUGAGAUGGAUAGUUUUUCUGUUUACUUGUGCAACUUACCCAAGAUGAUGACGAAAGAGGAACUUGCUGACAUGGUAUCCGUUGUCGGCGAAGUGAUGCUCUCCUGGAUAGUUGGGCAGAACAGUUCGGGCGAUGCACAUGUGACCAAUAAGGACUGCAGCUGCGGCUUUGUGCGGAUGCGUAAAGCUGCCGAUUGUGUGACAGCCGUUCGAAAUUUCCACGGGAUGCGAAUUCCUGGUUCACCGUUCCCUCUGGUUGUUCGACUUGGACACAAACGGAAGUUUGUGAAUCGUCCCGCAAGGUUUUCGUGCACUCACCGCCCAGCUGUCAUUACUUAUGGGAAGGUUGUUCGUCAGGUGAAUCCCCUGUGGGAUGCCAUCUUCUUUUUUCCUCCACAUGUAUCCUUGAAAAAAGACGAAAAGCCCUGCUUCACUGCUCAACCGAAGUCAGGUGGAAAUCAGCGUUACGUAAUGCUGCCUACAAGUGCAAUGAUAAGGUUCAAUCAGCAGUUGCUUGGAUCCUGCUGCUCGUACAUUCAGUAUUCGUCAUCGUCCGAUUUGAACAAAGACAGCAGUAGCAUGUUGCAAGAAGAGAAAUCUGACAAGGAAACCCAAGGGACUUCUGCAAACUCUCCUUACUUCUCUAAUCCGUUUUAUGGGAUGACAUUCCUUGAAGAAAGUACGCAUAUUAGCCCUAACCGAUGGAAUGAGCCCAAGCCGUUCCCGACAAAUACUGAAGAUGAUUUUCUAAAUCCUGUGCCCAACUACGAAUACGUCACGUUUGGUGAACGCCUUAGACCAGAGAUGGAAGUGGUGGAAUCUAAUUGCAUCGCAAUAAGCCACAAUUCAGCAAUAUUUUCAUCCUCUGGAAGGCUGAUUUUCACUCCA